AUGAUGUUUACAAAUACAGACACAAGUUUAAAUACAUCACCUUUAGUAAUUUUGCGCUCAAAGCGACAAUACCUAUCAACAUGUCCUGCCGGCUGUUUUCCGAGCUGUUAUUCGAGCUCUCAGUGCCAGCAGGUAGCUCCCAGAACGAUAUGUAUUCAAGCCUGCUGUUGCCCUGCAGCAGCUCCUCCCAGAGGACAGUCUAUUUUCAGUCCUGGUAGCAUCAACAUUAUCCCUAUACCCGUUCCUGUCGGAUCACCUACUCCGCUCAAUACUUUUAGCUUUUCAACAGCGUGUGAUGGUGGACCAGCAAUAGCUGCUUGUAUCAAUGGCUUAUGUGGACAAGGUUUUUUUUGCAACAAUAGGGGUUUUUGUUGCCGAUGUGCUACUGGAAAUUCUAGUGGUCCAUGUGUAAACAACUUGUGUCCUGCUGGUUUUUCAUGUAAUACUAACAAUUUUUGCUGUCCACUAGGCUCUGGUUCCGUACUUGGUCCUUGUAUUAACAAUCAGUGUCCAGCGGGUUUUGUGUGUGGUGCUGGUAAUUUGUGCUAUUCUGUGGCUGUAAAUGGUCGAAAAAAACGAAAAUGA